AUGGCCUGUUCUGAACAUAAAGCUAAUAUCUUUAUAAAGUUCAUAUCAGUUUUAGUAGCAGUAGCAUUAAUAGUUUUGGGAGUGUUGAAAUUUUACUUUACUCCAAAUAUUCCUACUUUAAUAGGGAUUUGGACUGUAUAUUGGAUGUAAGAAAGUUGAUGAAAGUUUAGUAUUUUUGGGUUGUUAUUAAUCCUGGUUGAAUUGAAUGUAAAAUUGAUUAAAGAAUACUUUGGAUUUAUGAUAGAAUAUUGUGGGAAAGGCAUGUUUAUAAUAUUGUAAAACCCAUAAAUAAUUUAAGCUGUGGAACCCUAAUGAUAGAUAAUUUUGUGGAUUCACAUAUUAUUCAUGAAUCUAUAGUAGGAUUAUUAAUAAUCUUUGCAGGCUUUCUUAUAAUAAUAGUAGGAUAUUCUGCAUUGCCUAGCUAAAAUUUUCCACCUCCUCAAGUACCAGUUUGA